UCAGCAAUUCAGCUGUAUGAAUGUAACGUCCCAAGCUACAAGUGUCAGUCUUCUCCAAAUAAAAGACGUCUCCCUCUGGAAAAAGCCAUUUCCCUUUUUUCUCAGUUGCACAUCUCCUUCCUCAUUUCCCUUCCUCCGCCCUUUAACCCCCACCAUACACCGCCAUCUUUCUGUCUCUUUUUUGUCCUCUUCUAUUCAAUACCAAAACCAUUUAUUCUCUUUCUUUCUUUAGUUUCAUCUGCCAAGGAAAAAAAAAAGAAUUGGAAAGAAAUAUGUUGUCAAGAGUUAAUAGCAUGGUUUGGAUGGAUGAUAAGGAUCAAGAAACGGCUUCGUGGGAUCAUCAUCCAUCAACCAUGAACAACAACAGUAACAAUGAGCAAAAUGGGGUUCUGGAGAACAGAGAAGAUAUGGAAAUGGGCUCAAUUCCAACAUUCAAAUCCAUGCUUGGCGUUGAAGAUGAAGACUGGUACUUGACCACUACUAAUCAUGCUGAGACCAACAAUCCUAACAACAACAAUGCUGGCACCAUGCAAAGCAGCCAUCUUGACAUGAGGGACAUAACUUUCUCAGCUAACUUCGCUGAGGCUGAUCAUCAAAAUCUAAUCUUGCAAGCUGUGGACUCCUCUGCUUCAUGUUCACCAUCACCUGCCUCAGUUUUCAACAAUCUCGACCCUUCUCAGGUACACCAUUACUUUUUGCAGCCCCCACCAAGAAGCAAUCUUCUUUCUGGCCUUAAUACGUUGUCCACUACCCAGUUAGACAAUGGUAGCUUUGACUUGGGCUGCGAAAGUGGCUUUCUUGAAAGUCAUCAAGGUUUGGGUGGUUUUAGCACUAGAGGUGGAGUUGGGGUUUUGGGUGUUGGAUUUAAUGAUUUGAGUUCUCAAACCCAGUUGGGAAGUCCUAAUUUGAACUCAGGGAGUCAAUUUUCAACUGCCAAUUUGCUUCAAAUGCCCCAAAAUAAUGGUGGUUUUGGUCCACUGGGGUUUGGAGAAUGUUCAGGGAAUGUGAACUCUUUGUUUCUUAAUAGGUCUAAGUUACUUCAGCCACUUGAUAAUUUUACUUCAACCGGGGCACAGCCCACUUUAUUUCAAAAAAGGGCUGCUUUGAGGAAGAAUCUGGCAUGUAGUAGUAGUGAUUUGGGAGUUUUGGGGGGUGAAAUUGGGCAGAGUUCUGGUAACAGUGAAAGCUAUGAUAAGAAGAAAGAAGUUGGUGAAGCCAGUGGACUAAAAAGGAAGGGUAGCGAUUUCGAUGAUCUUGAGGAUGUUAGCAUUGAUGGGUCCAACCUGAAUUAUGAUUCUGAUGAUUUGUUGGAGAAUCACAGUAAGGUGGUGGGAGAGGGAGUUAAGAAUGGCGGAAAUAGCUCGAAUGCUAAUAGCACUGUCACCGGUGGUGAGGAUCAGAAAGGGAAGAAAAAGGGACUUCCAGCAAAGAAUUUGAUGGCCGAACGCCGUCGUCGGAAGAAGCUCAAUGAUAGGCUUUACAUGCUGAGGUCCGUUGUGCCAAAAAUUAGCAAGAUGGACAGGGCCUCAAUUUUAGGCGAUGCAAUUGAGUACUUGAAGGAACUGUUGCAGAAGAUCAACGAUCUACAAAAUGAAUUGGAGUCGACCCCUGCUGCCUCCGCAUUAACUCCCACCACACCCUUCUAUCCUUUGACUCCUACUGCCUCCGCCCUGCCCUGCCGUAUCAAGGAAGAACUCUGUCCAAGUGCCUUUGCAAGUCCAUUGUCAAGCCCAACUGGACAACCUGCAAGGAUUGAAGUAAGGUUAAGAGAAGGAAGAGCUGUAAAUAUCCACAUGUUCUGCGGUCGCAGACCUGGACUCUUGCUCUCAACCAUGAGGGCUUUGGACAGCCUUGGACUAGACAUCCAACAGGCUGUGAUUAGCUGCUUCAAUGGAUUUGCCUUGGAUAUCUUCAGAGCUGAGCAAUGCAAUGAAGGCCAAGAAAUCCCUCCAGAACACAUCAAAGCAGUUCUCUUGGAUUCAGCUGGCUUCCAGGGGAUUGUCUAAUUUUCUACUGCUCAAGAUUGUGAACGCUGUUUCCCUUUUGCAGAUCAGUCAUCCAAUGGCUAAUUCGUCUGUCUAUUCAACAGACUUUCUUUGUUUUAGAUCGCAUUUACAUUUAAGCCGCUCUACAGUUCCUUAUUUUGCAAAAAACUUGUAUGCUUUAAAGCAUUAAACAUUUGUUGUCUGUAUUUCGAUGUCAAGAUUGUCUUUUGUUGAAGUA